AUGCCAUUGCAGCUGGCAAGCCUACAGAAGCAGCUCAGUAGUGCUGUCCAGCAGGCAGCAAAGUAUAUGGAUGCGCAGGAAGUUGCAAACAUCAUUUGGGCCAGCGCGAAGGUAUCAGAUUCUGGAGACGUCGUUUUGCUAGCCUUGCUGCCAGCAUUGGCUGACAGGGUCGAAGCAGUGAAGCAGGAUAUGAAAGCACAGGAGGUUGCGAACAUCCUUUGGGCCGCCGCAAAGUUGUCAGAUUCCGGAGAUGACACUUUCCUGGCCUUGCUGCCCGCUUUAACCGGCAGGAUCCAAGAGGUGAAGCAGGACAUGACUGCACAAGCCGUUGCAAACAUCUGUUGGGCCAGCGCGAAGCUCUUGGAUUCUGGAGAGGAGUCUCUGCUGGCCUUGCUACCGGCUUUAGCUGGCAGAGUUUAA